UCCCCAUUUCCAACGAUCACUACCCGACCUUGUAACCCUAGCGCCGCAGCCCUGUUCUCUCCUUGAUUCUCGACUUCGAGAUCUCUCCACAGGCCGGCUAUGGCGACCGAGACAGAGACCUUCGCUUUCCAGGCGGAGAUCAACCAGCUUCUCAGCCUGAUCAUCAACACUUUCUACUCCAACAAGGAGAUCUUCCUACGCGAGCUCAUCAGUAAUUCUUCCGAUGCGCUGGACAAAAUCCGGUUCGAGAGUCUCACGGACAAAAGCAAGCUCGACGCCCAGCCGGAGCUUUUCAUCCACAUCGUUCCUGACAAGGCCACCAACACCUUGUCCAUCAUCGACAGCGGUAUCGGCAUGACCAAAUCCGAUCUCGUCAACAACCUUGGCACCAUCGCUCGCUCCGGGACCAAGGAGUUUAUGGAGGCGCUUGCGGCUGGCGCCGAUGUCAGUAUGAUCGGCCAGUUCGGAGUGGGGUUCUACUCCGCUUAUCUUGUGGCCGAGCGGGUUGUGGUGACCACCAAGCACAAUGAUGACGAGCAGUACGUCUGGGAGUCGCAGGCCGGCGGUUCAUUCACGGUUACCAGGGAUACCUCUGGCGAGAGCCUUGGGAGGGGAACAAAGAUUACUCUUUUCCUCAAGGAGGACCAGUUGGAAUAUCUGGAGGAACGCCGCCUCAAAGAUUUGAUCAAGAAGCAUUCUGAAUUUAUCAGCUACCCCAUCUCCCUGUGGACCGAGAAGACAACAGAGAAAGAAAUUUCAGAUGAUGAGGAUGAGGAGGAUAAGAAAGAUACUGAGGAAGGCAAGGUGGAAGAUGUUGAUGAGAAGGAAGAGAAAGAGAAGAAAAAGAAGAAGAUCAAGGAGGUUUCUCAUGAAUGGGCUUUAGUUAACAAGCAGAAGCCCAUUUGGAUGAGGAAGCCUGAGGAGAUUACAAAGGAAGAGUAUGCAGCUUUUUACAAGAGUCUCACUAAUGACUGGGAGGAGCAUUUGGCUGUGAAACACUUCUCUGUGGAAGGCCAGCUUGAGUUUAAGGCUGUUCUUUUUGUGCCAAAGAGGGCUCCUUUUGAUCUCUUUGACACAAGGAAAAAGCUAAACAACAUCAAGCUCUACGUUCGUCGUGUCUUCAUUAUGGACAAUUGUGAAGAAAUCAUUCCCGAGUACUUGAGCUUUGUCAAAGGGAUAGUGGACUCUGAGGACCUUCCCCUCAACAUCUCCAGAGAGACGCUCCAGCAGAACAAGAUCCUCAAGGUCAUCCGCAAGAAUCUGGUCAAGAAAUGUAUGGAACUCUUCUUUGAGAUUGCGGAAAACAAGGAUGAUUACAACAAGUUCUACGAGGCAUUCUCAAAGAAUCUCAAGCUUGGAAUCCAUGAAGAUUCUCAGAACAGGUCGAAGCUUGCAGAGUUGCUAAGGUUCCACUCUACCAGGAGCGGAGAUGAGAUGACUAGCCUCAAGGACUAUGUGACAAGAAUGAAGGAGGGCCAGAGUGACAUUUACUACAUUACUGGUGAGAGCAAAAAGGCUGUUGAAAAUUCCCCAUUCCUUGAGAAGCUGAAGAAAAAGGGCUAUGAGGUGCUUUUCAUGGUUGAUGCGAUCGAUGAGUAUGCUGUGGGUCAACUUAAGGAGUUCGAGGGGAAGAAGCUGCUUUCUGCUACAAAGGAGGGACUGAAACUUGAUGAGAGCGAGGAUGAGAAGAAGAGGACGGAAGUCCUGAAGGAGAAGUUUGAAGGACUCUGCAAGGUCAUAAAAGAGGUGCUGGGUGACAAGGUGGAGAAAGUUGUUGUGUCCGAUCGGGUUGUCGACUCACCCUGUUGCUUGGUUACCGGUGAGUAUGGAUGGACUGCGAACAUGGAGAGGAUCAUGAAGGCUCAAGCUCUGAGGGACUCCAGCAUGGCGGGCUAUAUGUCAAGCAAGAAGACCAUGGAGAUCAAUCCAGAGAACCCUAUCAUGGAGGAGCUGAGGAAGCGAGCUGAUGCUGACAAGAAUGACAAGUCAGUCAAGGACCUGACACUAUUGCUGUUCGAGACUGCUCUCCUCACCUCCGGAUUCAGCCUCGAUGACCCCAACACCUUUGGGAACAGGAUCCACCGGAUGCUGAAGCUUGGUCUCAGCAUCGAUGAGGACGAGAAGGCCGAAGACACUGAUAUGCCGCCACUUGAAGAAGCUGACGCGGAAGAGAGCAAGAUGGAGGAGGUAGACUAAUCUAGUUUAUCCAUAUCAUCGUUUGGCACUCCUUAAAAAGUGUUACAGCACCUCUAUUCUUGAGGCAACUAGGGGAUUUUUUUUUUAGGUAGUGGUGCUUUUCUUUGCUUCGGACCUCCCUCCAGCAGUAGUAUCUAUCUAGAUAAUAUGGCCUUUCUAGUCCUAAUGCUCGAAGGUCUCCUAUCAUAUCUUUAAUUUAUAGAAUGUUUUCAGUUCAUGGAUUUGAUUAAUAGUUAAAUGGUUUUUUUUUUC